CGCCACUUUUCUCUUCUCAAUAAAACCCCUCCACUUUUUCCUAAUCAGACCAUUCUCUCUUAACCCUUCAUUUCUCUUCACAUAUCAAUCCAUUUCAAUUUUAUAUUUUUUAAUAUAAUUUUAAGGGUUUUGAUCUGGGUUGGGUCUAGAAAUGGAAGCAAUGGCUUUAGAUGGCAUUGAUGUAAAGGAAGAGGAGAAUAUGAAGGUAAUUAAAUCGAUAUUUGGGUGUGAUGUGCCUGAGAGCAAUGUUAAAUCCGUGUUGUUGAAGUGUAAAAACGAUCUGGGUGUUGCUAUUAAUGAGAUUCUUGAUAACCCUUUGGUUUUGUCUUCGGAUUUCGGGGUUAAGAAGACGGUUACGAGCACCGGGGCUCGUGUGAUGGCGCAGUUUAAGGGGGAAGAGGGUGAGGAGUGUGUGGAUGUGAAACCCCUUUUGGAGUGGAAGGUGGAGGGGAAGGGAGAAGGGGAGGUUGAUAUGGGGCCUCACUGCGCGUUAUGUGUUCAAUGGAAUCGAUGGAAUGGUGGUGAGGGGGGAGAUGAAUGUGAGGGUGUGGUUAAGGUUGAGGAGGAGUGUGGACAGAUUGUUCGAGAAAAUGGGGAUGGGAUUAUUUGUGUUGAGGAUGAGGGAGGGAGUGAGGGUAAGGGUGUGGUUAAGGUGGAUGAAGAGUGUGGAAAGGGGGAUGUUGAAAUGGGGUGUGAGUGUGGACCGGUUGUUCGAGAAAGUGUUGAUGUGGUUUGUGUUGAGGAUGAGGGGGGGAGUGAGUGUAAGGAGGUAGUUAAGGUUGAGGAGUGUGAAAAGGGGGACAUUGAAAUGGGAUGUGAGUGUGCACCAAUUGUUCGAGAAAAUGUUGAUGUGGUUUGUGUUGAGGAUGAGGGGGGGAGUGAGUGUAAGGAGGUAGUUAAGGUUGAGGAGUGUGAAAAGGGGGAUAUUGAAAUGGGAUUUGAGUGUGCACCGAUUGUUAGAGAGAAUGUCGAUGUGGUUUGUGUUGAGGAUGAGGGGGGAAAUGAGUGUAAGGAGGUAGUUAAGGUCAAGGAGGAGUGUGAAAAGGAUAUUGAAAUGGGAUUUGAGUGUGCACCGAUUGUUAGAGAGAAUGUCGAUGUGGUUUGUGUUGAGGAUGAGGGGGGAAAUGAGUGUAAGGAGGUAGUGAAGGUCAAGGAGGUGUGUGAAAAGGGGGAUGUGAAGAUGAAUUGUGAGGGUGAGCCGCCUGUUGAAGAGGGUGUCGGGGAGAAUGAUUUUGUUGAGGAUGAAGCAGAGAGUGCGUACAGGCCUCUGGUCAAGGGGAAGAAACAAGGUGGUGUGAAGCGAAACAAUGACAGAGCUCUUGUUGUGAAAGAUGGAGCAAUCAUGGUUGAGCCGUUGUCUUCGGUGCCUGCGAAGCCGAAGAUGUCUAUGUAUGAUAGGUUGAAACCUUCUGGUGUGAAGAAGCAAAAAGUGGAGGAUAAUGUGUUGAGUACUGUUGUGAUUGAUGAUGCGGAUUUUCCGGAAGAGGAAGAUUGGUUGUUGGUGGGAAGGACUGCCAUUACUGGGCUUUCGACAACUAGAGGGAGGAAGUUGGAGAAUAAUGAGGUUGUCCACUUGGCAUUUCCUGGCAGUGACAUGAAAUCGAAGUGUAGUUCACCAUUUAUUCGGUCAAAGACAGUUGCUGCCUUGUCGGGGAUUGUUCGUUUUUCAACCACAAGAUAUGGAGAGAUUGGUCGUCUUCCAAUGGAGUGGGGGAAAUGCCUCAUUCCACUAGUUAACUCUUCUAAGGUGAAAGUUCUUUGUCGGUGCAUAGCUGUUCCUACAAAUCUGCAGUUGAUGCAAGAAAUAUUGUUGUAUGGAAGCUUUUAUAUUCAUCGUUCGCUUUUCACAGAAGUCACCAACUCAUCCUGGAAGCUAGAUGCUCCUUCUAACAUUGACUCAACUAUUUAUCCUCUCUUGACUUUGUUCAAGUUACUAAAGAUACAACCAUAUCAGAAGGCUGAAUUUACCCCGGAGGAACUUCAGUCAAGAAAACGUGGUUUGAACUUAGAUGAUGAAUCUAAAGAAUUUGCUGGUGUGUUGCCCGUGCUGAAACGAGGCAAAGGUUGCCAGCCAGACCAUGGUAAAGAUGAGCAAGCUAUACUGGAAUCAUCCUUAAACAAGCUUGUUGGUGCUGCAGAUGUGUAUAACUUGGAGGAGAUGGAACCCCCAAGUACUCUUAUGUGUGACUUAAGACCAUACCAGAAGCAAGCACUCUACUGGAUGACAGAAUUGGAGAAGGGAGUUGAUGCCGAGAAAGCAACAAAAACACUCCAUCCCUGCUGGGCGGCAUAUCGCUUAUGUGAUGAGAGGGCUUCUUCCAUACAUGUGAACGUCUUCUCUGGUGAAGCAACAACUCAAUUCCCAACUGCCACACAAACUGCCAGGGGAGGGAUUUUAGCAGAUGCAAUGGGGCUGGGAAAAACUGUAAUGACAAUAGGUCUUAUACUUGCAAGACCUGGGAGGGGAAUUCCUGAAGCUAAGCAUAUUGUUCCGGAAGCACCAAUUGACACAGAAUAUCCAACGACAAAGAGAACAGAUAAUGGACUGUCAAGAAAAGCAAGAGGUGGGACUCUUAUUAUAUGUCCUAUGGCAUUGCUAGGCCAGUGGAAGGAUGAGCUUAUAACCCAUUCCAAGCCAGAAAGUAUUACAGUAUCUGUUCACUAUGGUGGUGAAAGAAGUAAUGAUCCUGAGGUCAUAGCAGAACCUGAUGUAGUUUUAACAACUUAUGGUGUCCUAACUGCAGCUUAUAAGAGUGAUCCAAAUAACAGCAUCUUUCAUAGAGUAGACUGGCACAGGGUGGUGUUGGAUGAAGCUCAUACCAUAAAAUCCUCCAAGACUCAAGCUGCACAGGCAGCCUUUGCGUUGUCCUCAUAUUGCAGGUGGUGUCUCACCGGUACACCUCUUCAGAAUAGCUUGGAAGACAUCUAUAGUCUAUUAUGCUUUUUGCAUGUCGAGCCAUGGUGCAACUGGGCAUGGUGGCACAAGUUGAUUCAGAAACCCUAUGAAAAUGGUGAUUACCGAGGACUUAAACUGAUAAAAGCUAUUCUGAGACCAUUAAUGUUAAGGAGAAGUAAAGAUACUGUGGAUAAACAUGGAAGGCCAAUUCUUGUUCUGCCACCAACUGACAUUCAAAUCAUUGAAUGCAAGCAAUCAGAAGCUGAACGUGACUUUUAUGAUGCUCUCUUUAAGAGAUCCAAAGUUCAAUUUGACCAAUUUGUGGCACAAGGAAAAGUUCUCCACAACUAUGCAAAUAUUCUUGAGUUGUUACUUCGGUUGAGACAGUGUUGCAACCACCCAUUUCUUGUAAUGAGCCGAGGUGAUUCACAGGAGUACGCUGAUUUAAAUAAGCUUGCAAAGAGAUUCCUGGAAACUGAUCCUGAUUCUGCAAAUCCAAUUCAAGUUCCUUCUCGAGCAUAUAUUGAAGAGGUUGUUGAUGGUAUCAGGCGUGGUGAUAACACGGAGUGUCCUAUAUGCCUGGAGUCUGCGGAUGACCCUGUACUCACACCAUGUGCACACCGAAUGUGCAGGGAAUGCCUUCUCUCCAGCUGGAGAACUCCAGCUGCCGGACAGUGCCCAAUAUGCCGCCAUAUACUGAACAAAAAUGAACUCAUCACAUGCCCAUCUGAGAACCGGUUUCGAAUUGAUGUUGAUAAGAACUGGACAGAGUCUUCCAAGGUGUCACAUCUCUUAGAUUGCUUGGAACAAAUUAGGCGUCAAAAGUCUGGUGAUAAAAGCAUCAUAUUUAGCCAAUGGACUUCAUUUCUGGACCUCCUGGAAAUUCCUCUAAAGAGGAGAAAUAUUGGGUUCUUGAGAUUUGAUGGAAAAUUGUCACAGAAACAAAGGGAGAAGGUUUUAAAGGAGUUUAGUGAGACUAAUGUAAAAAUGGUUAUGUUAAUGUCAUUAAAAGUUGGCGGAGUGGGCUUGAAUUUGACUUCAGCAUCAAAUGUCUUUCUCAUGGAUCCUUGGUGGAAUCCUGCUGUGGAAGAGCAAGCAAUCAUGCGUAUUCAUCGCAUUGGUCAAAAGAAAACAGUUCGUGUCAGAAGAUUCAUUGUUAAGGAAACAGUAGAGGAUCGAAUGCAACAAGUUCAAGCGAGAAAACAAAGGAUGAUUGCCGGAGCGUUAACUGAUGAAGAAGUCCGUUCUGCCAGAAUCGAUGAACUCAAAAUGCUGUUUAGAUAAUUCAUUCUUUCUUCAUUUUUCAUAUUAUCUGGAUUAGCAGGUAGUAGUAUUAUGUAGCAGUUAAGAUGAGUAGUGACACAUUUUCCUCAUUUUAGCAUGGAGGAAUGCUUUUGUUACUAGUGAUGCUACUCUAUUGUAAAGCAAAACUUAACCGAGGCCUAUCUUCAACUUUUGGUGCUUGUAUAUUUAUGAUAUGGAAGUAUAUAUUUUCAGGGUA